CGCUGCUACAUAAAGUGCACCUUUACUUGCCCAAACUGUUGUUCAGCCGGUCCCACAUCUUUUAACGUCCAGCCAUGUCCAUACCUACGCCGAAUAUCGCUCAUUUCACAGAGUCCGAUUAUGAACACAUCUACGAACCUGCAGAGGACUCUUUUAUCCUUCUAGAUGCCCUUGAAUUAGAUGCCGAAGAUUUGCUUCGAAUGAAUCCAUCUGUCUGCGUUGAAAUAGGAGCUGGUUCCGGGGUCGUUUCAGCAUUCAUGUCCAAUUUGCUCGGUCACGAAAACAGCUUCGUCAUAUCCACUGACAUAAAUCCGCACGCAUGUCAAGCAACCAUUAGAACCGGAACGGCGAACAACACAAUUUUGGAUCCAAUACGAUGUAAUCUUGUGGACCCUCUUCUUCCUCGGCUAUCCGAAAAGGUCGACGUACUUCUGUUUAAUCCGCCAUAUGUCCCUACAGAUAACCAGGAGCUACAAAUGACUCAGGAGUCGCGUGAUAUUGGCGGAGCCUGGGCUGGUGGUGCCGAUGGUAUGGCCAUCACAAACAUUUUAUUACAGCAGCUUCCGAGUCUUCUGUCUCGGGGCGGCCGUCUCUAUCUCGUUGCGAUACAUCAAAAUAAUACCAAGGAUAUUAAUGCGCGCAUGUUAUCGCUUGGGUUGCAAUCACAAGAAAUCAUCAAACGACGAGCUGGUAGGGAACUAUUGUCUGUCUUGAGGAUUUCUAAACCUAUAUAAUGGAGCAUUAUGUGACAGGUUGAUGAUUUCAAACGAAAAAAAUGAUAAAAAUGUUUUCUAGGGCUGGACCAGCUUAAUUCUGCGUUGCCCCAUGAUGCUGAAGAUUAUUUUUCUUUUGGCCAAUGCUAAUAUCACAAAGGGCAUCGUAAAACGGAGUAGCAUGCACUUCUCGCAG